AUGAACCCCCUCAUCCUCCUCCCCCUCCUCCCCCUCGCAGCCCUGGCACAGCUCACACCCUCGCCCACAUUCUCCCCUCCCGCAGCCUCGGCAGGCCUCGUGGCCUCUACUGAUGCCGUCAACACUCACUGGUCGAAUAUCAUCGGCAACUCGCUUUACUUUUAUGAUGCCCAACGGUCAGGCAAUCUGAGCUCGGGGACGUACGAGAAUAGAGUAGAAUGGAGAAACGAUAGUUGUGAGGAUGAUGGGAGUGACUAUGGACUGGAUCUCAGUGGUGGAUGGUAUGACGCUGGAGAUUACAUCAAGGCGACGUUCCCUAUGACAUUCACGUUGUUUGGAAUAUCAUGGGGAGCCUUGACACAUGGCGAAGGCUACGGAUUGGCGAACCAAACGGCGUAUCUCGACGGUACCCUUCGAUGGGGUUUCGACUGGCUCAUGAAGGCACACCCGACAGACGACCAGCUUUUCGUCCAAGUCGCCUCUGAAGAGGUCGACAACAACUACUGGGGCGGCGAUCAAGAUAUCCCUACUCCCCGACCUUCCUAUCCCAUCAACUCGUCCUAUCCUGGUACCGAUGCCUGGGCUGCCGCUUCCAGAGCGUUCGCCAUGGGCUCCUUGCUCUACACCCCGGGCUUGACCUACAACGUCACAUCGUCAACCGGCCCACCCACGAGCCCCUCCUUGGCCGACUCGUCGUACUCCACGAGGCUGCUGAAUCAUGCCCAGACAUUAUACGACGUCGCCAACUCUACCACUCCCCGCCAGACGUAUUACACGACUCUCGGCGAGCCGCUGCAGGCAUACGCAUCGUCGAGCUGGAAAGACGAUCUCACUCUUGCAGCGCUGACUCUGGCUUUGGCCACGAAUGACUCGAGCUAUUAUCUCGAUGCGCACAGCUGUUACUCCGAGUACAAGUUGACAAAGCGACAGGAUGUGUGGAACUGGGAUACCCAGACGCCGGCUAUCUAUGUGCUUUUCGCCGAGAUUGCGAGUGCCAGGCCUGGUUUAGCGGCGGGUGCUGGGCUGGACGCCAAUUUGACCGGGUGGCAGACCGAAGUAGAGGGUUAUUUCGACAACAUUGUCAAUGACAACCUUGAUGAUGGCUAUACCACCGAUGGCGGCCUGUUGUAUUUUGAAGGCGACUCGGAUGAAGCGAGCUUGAACCCUGCCAUGGCUAUCGCCACGCUCAUGUUCAAAUACGCUCCCAUCGCAUCCACAUCCGACAAGACCGACUCAUACAACGACUUUGCCUCAUCCCAAGUAUCCUACCUCCUCGGAGCCAACCCAAUGAACGUCCCCUACAUCGUCGGCCUCCACCCCAACUCCCCUUCCAACCCCCACUCCGGUCCCGCCUCUGGCGGCACAGAUAUCAGCAAUAUCCGUACCAGCCCCGAGACCGAGUCACGCGUCUUGUACGGGGCAGUAGUGGGUGGGCCGCUGAGCAGCGACAAGUUUUGGGACUGGAGAGAUGAUUGGGUGCAGACGGAAGUGGCGUUGGACUACAAUGCGAUGAUUUCCACCUUGGCUUCCAUGCAGCUCAUAAACGGUACCUCCGACCCACCCUACGUCUCCAUCCAAGCCAACACAUACACCAUCCCCGAUGGCGACCCAUGCGACGAAGCUCUCCCCUGCAGCGGCGGCGGCGGAGGUCUGUCGAAGGGAGCCAAGAUCGGGAUUGCGGUUGGUGUGGUUUUGGGGGUGUUGUUGUUGGCUGGGGUGGGAUUUUGGAUUUGGAGAAAGUGCAGGAGAAGACGGUCGUGGUAG